AUUCAUAUAAGGUUCCCUCUAGGACUACAAAGUGCCUCUGCCUCUUCCCAAGAAUCACUCACCUAAAGGCCCACAUAAUGAACAGAAGAAAUUCAUCAUCUAAAGGUGAUAAAUGUGGAUGAUUGGAUAGAUGUACAAACCUAUGUACCAAUUUAAGUUGUUUUCAACUAAUAAAUUUAACAAACUUUUGGGUGUUUGUUUGUGAUAUCAGUUUCCCAAGAAAAAUAUAGCCAUCUCCCUCUAGGCAUUCCUUUUCUGUACUUCUAUACUAUUAACAUAUAAACAAUAGUUUAUCAGAUUUGAUGGCCAUCUCUCUGAAUUUCAUGAGAGUAGUAUCCAAGUUUCCAGGAAAGAAACUUUUUGAUGCGGUGAUUCUUGUUUGAUCUGUUAUUGAAUAACAGGAAUACAGAAUUUGUUGCGGUUGGGUGAUUCUACAAAGAAGUUGGCAUUCAAAAAGUAGAAGCCACCCUACCAGCAUAGUUACAGAACCUUCUUAGAUCAAUGUGAUUUGUCGGUUCUUCAAUGGCUAAGAAGAAGAGCUGGUUCAAUAUAUUGAAGAGGUUCUUUAUUAGAGAGACCCAGUUGAAACCAGAAAAGGAGAAGAGAAGGAAAUGGAUGUUUGGAAGGCUUAAGAUCAAAAGAUUGGCCUCACUCACUGCACCAUCAACCUUAAGUCUAGAUGAGGCAGAGGAAGAGCAGAGCAACCAUGCUCCCACAGUGGCUCUUGCCACCACUGCUGUUGCUGAAGAAGUCCUAUCAGCAGAUGAACAUGAAAAAGAAGAGUUUUCAGUCAUCAAAGUUGAAGCUGACGCCCCUCAAUCCAACCGUGAAAUCCUAGAAUUUGCUGCCACUAAAAUUCAGUCUGCCUUUCGGGGUUACCUUGCAAGAAAAGCUUUGAGAGCAUUGAAGGGAAUAGUGAAGCUUCAAGCUAUUAUUCGAGGCAGAGCUGUGAGACGCCAAGCUAUAACUACCCUAAAGUGCUUGCAGUCCAUUGUAAAUAUUCAGUCACAGGUCUGCACAAGAAGAUUUGAAAUGGCUGAAGGCGAUUCGAAGUAUGAUAGAAGUAAAGAAUUGCCGACUUUAAGAGACAAGAUAAUAACGAUGGACUCGAAUAGUCAAAGAAGGUGGGUAGAUAGCAUAUUGUCAAAGGAAGAGGCAGAGGCAUUGUAUUUAAGUAAGAAAGAGGCGAUGAUUAAGAGAGAAAGGAUAAAGGAUUACUCAUUUAGUCAUCGGAAGUCAGCAGAAUCAGAAAGAAACAAGGUAAAUGGAAGAUGGAGGUACUGGUUGGAUGAAUGGGUGGAUACCCAAGUUACUAAAAGUAGAGAACUUGAAGAUUUGGACUCAGUUCCAACUUCAAAUCCAAGGCCAGGACUUACAGUAGAGGAUUUUGGAAGGAGACAACUUAAGCUAAGAAAUAUUCAGGUACAGAAGAACUUUGAAGGAUUGGAUUCUCCACUAUCUAUUUCCAGAAGAUCAUUUCAUCAUAGGAGGCAAUGUUCAUUGGGAGAUCAUAAUUCUUUGUCAAGCUCUCCUUUUGUUCCUGCUUACAUGGCUGCUACUGCAUCUGCAAAAGCAAAAUCAAGAUCCAUGAGCUCGCCAAAAAUGAGGACCAGUAGUUUUGAAACAUGCUCUGAGAGCUAUUCACCAUGUAAGAAUAAGUUGUCUCUCAUAUCCCCUAUGACUACUGAAAUGCCAACUAGAGGUAGGAUUGGCAAGACUAAUGGUUACCAGCAAAGAUCUCCGAGCUUGAAAGGUCUUGCAGGUCCAAUAAAAUCAGGUCGGACAGCGAAGGAUCUCAGCUUUGACUCAGAGUACUCGAUGCAGAUUUGGCAUCAAAAUGAUGGCUUCAGAUGAUUUCAAAAGGGAAUUUGGUUAGUGUGUCAGGUGGGAGUGGAAAGCACAGCCUGUAAUUUAAGGUAGUUCGAAUAGGAAAACAAUGGAAAACUAUGCCAUCUUGUCAUUAAUUGAGUAGCUCAUAUUAAUACUACACAGUUGAUUAACAUAUACAGUCUAUCUUCUUGUCACAAUACAUGUAAUAUUUAAUUGAAAUGGUAGGAAGAAUGAUGGAGACAAGGUUCAAAAUUCGAACUUUUGCUUUGA